AUGGCCGCGGUGGCUCCGGUGGCUCCGCCCGAGGAGGGAGGGGAUGAGGUGGCAGGGCGGGUGGGUGUGAUCGAGGGCCUCACACGAGCCGGACACCGGGCGCUGGCCCUGGGUGCCGGGCGGGAGGCAGUGGGGUGCUUCAGGAGGGCCCUGCUCCUCUCCAGGGACUCAGUGAGCCCUCAGCUCCACAGGGCUUGUGCUUUCAACCUGGGGGCUGCCUACGUGGAGACUGGGAAGCCCAGAAAGGGCUUUGAGUUCCUCCUCCAGUCCCAGCCCUCAGAGGCGGAGAGCGGGGACCACUCAGGGAGCCUUUAUUUCAGCGUCGGGGCGGCUCACGAAGGGCUCCAGGAUUUUCCAAAGGCUCUGGAGUGUUUUGAGAAAGUCUCCGGCCACGCUGUUGCUGCGCAGGCUGGCAGCCGAGCGGGGACCUGUGUGCAGAUGGGCUGCUGCUACCUGGGGAUGCGGGAGCCAGCGCGGGCCGCGCGGUGCUUCCUGGACGCGGCGCAGGCCUACGCGGCAGCGGAGAGCCCCGGGGCCGCGGCCGUGGCUCUCAGCAGGGCGAGCGGCUCCAUGCUGCAGAGCCGGCAGUUCCGGAACAAAGACAUCGCCGGGGUCCUCGCCCGGUGCCGCUCACUCUGCGAAUCCAUCCCCGACCCGGCCCUGCGAGGGAAACUCUACAACGACAUCGGCCUAGGCUACUCGCAGCUCCACAUCUUCUCCCUGGCUGCCGAGAACUUCGAGCAGGCCCUGGGGCUGUGCGGUGGGGAGCGGGACCGGCAGCAGGAGGCUGCGCUGCUGCAGAACCUGGGCGCUGCCCUCAACGCCCUGCGCCGCUUCGGCGCCGCGCUGGGCUGGCACCGGCGUGCGGCCGCGCUGCACGGUGCUCUGGGGAACCGCAGGGCUCAGGGGCAGAGCUUUGGGAACUUGGCAUACGCCUGCAGCCAGCUCGGGAAGCAGGGGGCUGCCGCCGAGAGCUACCUGCACGCCCUGCAAGCCUUCCGGGACUCGGGGGACUUGCAGGGGCAGUGGCAAGCGUGCGAGGGGCUGGGUGCAGCGUGCUUGCACCUGGGAGACCCCCAGAAAGCCAUCAGGCACUAUCAGGAGGCCCUGAUUUUGCUUUCCCGCUGUCAGGACAGCCCCAGAGCUGCCCACAAACGGGUCGUGCACAAGCUCACAGAUGCCAUCCAGCACCGACUCCACCUCAGCCACCUCUCUUACCAGGGGGGCUGGGCACCCAGCCCAGCCCUGCAUGAGAACCACCAGCCCCCUGCCCCUGGCCAAGCUGCCCCAUGCCAGCCUCCAGCUCUCCAUGACAAUGACCACACUGCCACUGCUGCCGGCUGCUGGUCCCGCCGGAGACCCCGCAGGGGCACCAGGACUCUGUCCCUCAUCUGCAGCCUCGUGUGA